AUGCUCUCUCUACGUGUCUCCCCUCCAUUAUCUUCCCUCCAAAACCCUAACUUUAACCAUACCCAGUUCUCCACACCCAUCAAAAUCCCUAAUUUCACAGUCCUCAAUCUCCACCCACUUUCAAGAACCCACUUCACCCCUUCUAUAAAAACCGCAAAUAAUAAAACCCACUUCAAAAAACUUGCUUGCAAUGCUUUAAAGGACUCUGGUGAGGAAACCAAGGCGGUUUCGGACCGGGGAGGAGGUGGUGAUGAUGGUGGAGGAGGAGGAGGCGGUGGUGAUGGCGGACGGGAUGAUGAGCAGGUGGAGAAGAAGAGCGGGCCUUUUCCAGAAUGGCUCAAUAUCACUACUGACGACGCGAAGACAGUCUUUGCGGCGAUAGCAGUAUCGCUUGCUUUCCGGUCUUUCAUAGCUGAGCCGAGGUACAUUCCUUCGCUGUCCAUGUAUCCUACUUUGGAUGUGGGAGACCGAAUUGUAGCAGAAAAGGUUACAUAUUAUUUCAGAAAGCCAUGUGCCAAUGAUGUGGUUAUUUUUAAAAGUCCACCAGUCCUUCAGCAAGUAGGGUAUACUGACUAUGAUGUCUUCAUUAAACGAGUUGUUGCCAAGGAAGGUGAUAUUGUAGAGGUUCGCAAUGGUAAGCUCAUCGUUAAUGGGGUGGAGAGAAAUGAAAAGUUCAUCCUUGAACCACCUUCGUACAAUAUGACUCCUAUUCGUGUGCCAGAAAACUCAGUUUUUGUGAUGGGUGACAAUAGAAAUAACAGCUAUGAUUCACACGUAUGGGGUCCACUGCCAGCCAAAAAUAUUUUAGGAAGAUCCCUGUUUCGGUAUUGGCCUCCAAAGAGGAUUGGCGCCACGGUUCUUGAGACUGGUUGUGCUGCUGAUAAGCAGGAGAGCGAUCCAGUGUCUAAGCAAAAGGAAGGUGCUGAUAAGAAGGAUAGCAUUCCAGCGUCUCAGCAAAAGGAAAGUGUAUCAUUGAAUUAG